AUGAACGCGUUCCUCGGAGAGUUGCGCAUGGUAAAGGUGCUGCACCAGCAGUCGGGCGUGUGUUUAUUUACGCACCAGUGGAAAUGGAACCCGCAAGCACAUGCGGAGGGCGUGGAUGCGCUCGUCAUGUCCUUCACGCAGUUCGCGCGAGAGAUCGAUGGAGGAGAGGUUGUGCAAGUGCACUUCGACCCGAGCAGAAAUGACAAGAAGGAUCGAUCUGGUAGCAGCCCAAUGCCCACAUCUUCCGGAGGCCUCGUGAUGAUAUCGCUCCAGAAUGAGGUCAUCCAGGCAGUUUUAUUCCAUGAUCGAACAUCCGACGCAGCGUGCACCGCUCUCAAGUCUUUUCUACAACGAAUUCUUGAGCGUUUUUCAGAGGUAUUCGCGCAUGAGUUGGAGCAAUUACAACCGCAAUUGCAAGCGAGCGCCACACCUACCGCUGAAGAGCGCGAAGCUGUUGAGGCUCCGUUUCGGAGAUUUGAGGCCGAGCUUGACAGCCAAUUGCUGCUGCAACCUAAUGGUGAUCAUGGCUUGCAGUGA